AUGAAGACUUCUUUCGUUACCCUUGCACUUUCUCUCGCUGUUGCUACCUUCGCCGCUCCUGCCACUGAGUCCCGAGCCUACCCCUACAGCAUCGGUGGCCUUUCCCUCAAGCAUACUAUUGAGGGCGACACCUGGGAUUUGGGAUUCUAUCUUACUUCCAGGAACCCCACGGGAGAAGCCCUUGAGACCACGACCUGCCACACUGCUUGGACAAACGGCACACUUCCUGUCGGCCCUAAGAGCCCCGAGCCUUGCGCCGAUCCCGACUUCUCCUUCUUCUUCCCCGCUGGUGCUUUCAAUAUCGAGAGAUAUGAAGUCGCUGCUGAGGGUCCUGCUGGAGCAGCCGUGGCGGUUAUUGAGUCUGGUUACAAGUACCAGUGUGGCCCUUACACCGGCCCUGUUGGUAAUGUUGACACUGAAUGCAAGACUAUCAACGGUGGGGAAUUCUAUCUCCAUCAGUAG